AUGUCUUUGUUCAAGCGGCAUCCACCGCCGUCCGACAUCGACGAGAAUGAUACCAUAGACCCACAACUUCGUCUCCGCACAGUGCACACAGCGGCUUCCACUAUCGCAGAAUCCAUCCGUUCAGAAAUUAGAGCGCAAAAGAGGCGGACCCAGAAGAGAUUCUUGUUUUCUCGCAAGAAUGCAAAGAAACCAAAGAUUUCAGAACCAGGCCCAUCAACGUCCCAAGUAGCUGAGGCGCCCUCAGCCCCGCAAUCGCGGAUUCCAGGCGCCCGGAGGAACAUAUACGUUAAUCAACCACUCUCUGCUAUGGAGACAGACCAUCAUGGCGAACCGCUCGCCCGGUAUGCAAGGAACAAAGUUCGCACAAGCAGGUAUACACUCUUGACCUUUCUGCCAAAGAACUUAUUUGAACAAUUUCACCGCGCUCGUGAUUUUUCAACGACGCCUGUCGAGGAUUAUAGACGAGCCCGACUCGAUGAGGAAGUGAACACUUCGGCAAUAACGCGACUCGGGCAGUGGCGCAAUGUAAAUUUGGCCCUUGAUCCCCGACCAUGGUACCAACGACUGCUCCAUAUAAAUGCUCCUGGAAAAAUCACUCGUGGAGUGCAGAAAUUACGGGAGAAGGAAGCAGGCGAAGGAAAGCAGGUCAUCUUGAGCAAGGGCGGUGAGGAUAGGGUCAGCAUGAGUACCACAGACAUGAACGAUAGUAUUACAGCCUUGGGCGGAUCUCACCCUCCUACAGCGGCAGGUGGCCGGCAACUGGAGGACAUUGAAGGCAGUAUAGGCAGCGUGGACUUACAUACCUAUCCUCCAGGGCUCUCGGAAAACGAGCUUGGAGGAUGGGGCCAGCACAGUAUGUCCCUAUCAAACUAUGUGCAGUCAUCUCCUUCACGGUCAUAUCUGGGCGUGGUAGAUUGGAGCAGGCGCACGAAUGGGACAGCCCGUUGGGAGAGGACGUUGUGGAAGAAGCUGGAGGUCGGCGACAUCGUGCUUCUACGGGAAGAUGAACAGGUUCCUGCUGAUAUCGUCGUAUUAUCGACAUCAGAUGCAAGCGGACUGUGCUAUCUUGAAACCAAGAACCUUGACGGCGAAACGAACCUCAAGGUACGGAAGGCAAUACAGGCUACGGCAUCCCUUAGCUCAGAAGAAGACAUCGAAAAAUCCUCCUUUGUCCUUGAUUCAGAACCUCCGCACCAGAACUUGUAUGUAUACAAUGGGGUUCUGCGAUAUACGGAUGCUACCACGGGCGAACCUCGUAAAGAGGGUGUCACUAUCAAUGAACUGCUCCUUCGUGGCUGCACGGUGCGCAACACCGCAUGGAUCAUCGGACUGGUCGUCUUCACCGGCCCGGACACCAAGAUAUACUUGAACGGUGGACAGACACCAUCAAAGCAAUCGAAGAUCGCGAAGGAGACAAACUUUAAUGUCAUAAUGAACUUCCUGUUCUUGGUCAUCAUCUGUUCGGUGUCGGCGACCAUCAACGGCGUCAUGGAUGGGCUAACGGCCACAAGCACGUAUAUAUAUGAGCAAGGUGUUGAACCCACCAGUUCCAAUGCACUCAACGCACUAGUUACUUUCGUGUCAUGUCUCAUCGCCUUUCAGAACAUCGUCCCAAUCUCCCUGUUCAUCUCCAUUGAGAUCGUCAAGACCAUCCAAGCCUACUUCAUCGCUCAAGAUUUGGAUAUGUACUACAAGCCCUUCAACACCGCCUGUGUCCCAAAGAACUGGGGUAUUUCUGACGAUCUCGGGCAAAUCGAAUAUAUAUUCUCCGACAAGACUGGAACGCUGACCCAAAACGUGAUGGAGUUCCAAAAAUGCUCGGUGCGCGGAGUCAUAUACGGAGAGGGCGUUACAGAAGCGCAGCGCGGGGCUGCAACGAGGGAAGGCCAGGCUGACGCAGUAGCACCAGAAGAGCUGGCAGAAAAGCUUGCAUCGCUCAAGGAUACUAUGGUUACCAAGCUGACAAAGCUAUUCAAGAACCGCUAUAUGCAAGUCAACAAACUCACGCUUGUUUCGCCCAAGCUUGCAGAGGACCUCGCAGACCGCUCGACGGAACAAUAUUCUCAUAUCGUCGCAUUUUUCCGUGCCUUGGCUGUGUGCCACUCGGUCUUGGCAGAUAAGCCUGAGCCACAGGAGCGCCCUUAUCACUUGGAGUAUAAGGCUGAGUCUCCAGAUGAGGCGGCGUUGGUUGCUGCUGCGCGGGAUGUUGGCUUUCCUUUUGUGGGCAAGCAGAAGGACACGAUUGACAUUGAAGUGCUUGGCCAACCUGAACGGUUCACGCAUAUGAAGACGCUCGAGUUCUCUAGCGCACGUAAGCGCAUGAGCGUCAUCGUUCGUGCAUCAGAUGGACGCCUCAUCUUAUACUGCAAAGGGGCGGACAGCGUCAUAUACGAACGGCUUGCCGAGGAUGUGGACCCUGCUUUGAAGGAGAAGACGACGAAGGACAUGGACUUUUUCGCUAAUGGUGGUUUGCGCACGCUCUGCAUUGGUUAUAGAGUGCUCGAGGAGGAUGAGUUCUUGAGGUGGGUGCGGACGUAUGAAGAUGCUCAAUCGGCUAUCGACAACCGUGACGAGGCCAUUGAAAACGCGGCUGCUGAAGUGGAACACUCGUUGCAGAUACUGGGCGCUACGGCUCUUGAGGACAAGCUACAAGAAGGAGUGCCGGAAGCUAUUGAAAUGCUCCAUCGCGCUGGAAUCAAGCUUUGGAUUCUCACAGGCGACAAACUCCAGACCGCGAUCGAGAUUGGUUUCAGCUGUAACCUCCUGAAGCAAGAUAUGGAAGUCAUGAUCCUGUCUGCUGAUACCCCCGAAGGCACUCUUGCUCAGAUAGAAGCGGGUCUCAACAAGAUUGCGUCGAUAUUGGGUCCGCCUACUUCGAAAACACUGGAACGUGGGUUUGUCAUUGGCGCUAAAGUUUCCUUUGCGGUCGUUAUCGAUGGUGACACCCUACGUCAUGCCCUGACGCCGGAUAUCAAGCCUUUGUUCCUGAACCUUGGUACCCAGUGCGAAACAGUCGUAUGUUGUCGUGUCUCCCCUGCCCAGAAGGCAUUGACCGUGAAGCUGGUCAAGGAGGGUCGGAAGGCGAUGACGUUGUCCAUAGGAGAUGGUGCUAAUGACGUCGCAAUGAUUCAAGAAGCCAAUGUUGGUUGUGGUCUACUUGGACACGAAGGUUCACAAGCUGCUAUGUCUGCCGAUUAUGCCUUUGGUCAAUUCAGGUUUUUGACGAAGUUGCUGCUCGUCCAUGGGAGGUGGUCGUACCAGCGUAUUGCUGAUAUGCAUAGUAAUUUCUUUUACAAGAACGUUAUCUGGACGUUGGCCAUGUUUUGGUUUAUGCCAUUUUGCUACUUUAUUUUGUUUUACAACCUCAUCUUUACCUCACUGCCUGUCAUCGUGCUCGGAUCAUUCGAUCAAGAUAUCAAUGCUAAAGCUGCCCUUGCUUUCCCUCAGCUCUAUGUUCGUGGCAUCAGGGGCUUGGAGUACACGCGGACAAAGUUCUGGUUCUACAUGCUCGAUGGUCUUUACCAAUCUGCGGUCGUCUUCUUCAUUCCCUACUUGGUCUGGCAGCUUGGACUGGCUGUGGCGUCCAACGGCAGAGGGAUUGAUUCUUUAGCUGACUUCGGGACAACCGUUGCGGUUGCUGCUAUUUUUGCAGCGAAUACAUAUGUCGGGAUGAACACUCACUACUGGACCUCUAUCACUUGGAUAGUCAUCGUCGGAUCAUCCCUUGUCAUGAUGCUUUGGAUCGUGAUCUACUCGUUCCUUCCAGUCAACACCUUCUUCUCUAAUACGGAUGGAUUUAUAGACGAGGUAGAGAUUCUCUUCUCCAAUGUCACGUUUUGGACGACAGUUGUUUUCUCCGUUUUGGUGGCACUGGCGCCUCGGUUCCUCACCAAGUUCUUCAAGUCGACGUAUAUGCCCUUGGAUAAAGACAUUGUUCGCGAGAUGUGGGUUAUAGGGGAUCUCAAAGAUCGUCUAGGAAUCCGCCAUCGCAAGGAAUCAAAGAACAAACAUGUUAUUGACCUUGAGACUGCACCCAUGUUUCGCGAACCUCACGCUCGUUCAGCGUCAGAAUUGGCUUUGCAGCAAAGUUACGAGCCGACAUCUUCAAGAUCCCCCGCAGAUGCUAUCGAGCUGGUCCCCCAGGCCGCUCUACCGAAUCCCUACAACACGGAAGAUAGUGUCUCGCCCAGUCCCUCUUACUACUCGCCAUCUGACAUCCCUGCCCCCUCGCCCAUACCACCCUCGUUAUACAAGUAUUCAUCAGGAGAAAUAAGCAGCCAAACAUUUGCCGGGCCGUCGCGCUCACACUCCCUGAGCCCUGAGCCUCCCGUUCCUAUAUUGACUUAUCCACGCCCCUCGCACCCCUCCGCACCCUCAUUCCUUGGCACCUGGACGGCAACCCCUCGUCCAACUUCAGCCAGAGACUUCAUGAUCACGACGCUGGCGAAGGUCGGUAUCGACCAGAAGAAUCUGAUCAAGAAGACCAGGCAGACAGCUCACUGGCGUGGGACGAGCCGCGGGUUCUCUGAGGUCUUUUUGGCUUCUGCUGGAUGUCGAUGUAUCAUAGGAGUGACGUUGUGA